AUGCCCCAGCAGCUGCGCCCCUCACUUGAUCGUGCCCCAGGACCUUGCCCCAUGCCAGGGCUACUGUGCCCGGCACCUGCCCAGCCAGCUUCUGGGAAGGAGGGUGAGCACUGCAGCCAGAGCCUGGCCCCAUGUGAGGGGUCCAGGGAAGACAGACUCUGGCUCACAGAAGUGGUGGGGCUCAAAGAUGGGGAAACCCUUGAAGGCAAAGACGGGAUGGAGAGGCUGAGGGAAACGCAAGAGGCUGGAGACGGAAGGACAGCUCCCCUGAGCUGCUGGGGGGUGAGAGGCUGCCCCAGGCCCUUGGCUCUCCCCGCUUGA